UCAGUCUCGUCCGUCGCAAUCCAGUGCAGAUAUACGUGCAAUUACCCUGUCAACAGUGCUUAAAAUCCUUGGUUCGUGCUUGUGCUGCAUUUCGUCGGCACACACGGUGAUCGAUAACGGACGCCGUCGAGCCUGUCGUCGAUCGUCGACGCGUCGUGAUCGACGCGCGUAAGGACAAAAAAAAAAACUAAUAAAAGUGUGGCAGCCGCGGGAGAAAGUUUCGGAAGCACGCGGCGCGCGCGAAGAGAUAAAUCUGACGUGAUUUGAAUUUCAACCGCUCUGAAUCGUCGCGAAAGAGCGGAGGGGACCGUUCGGCGUGAAGUUUGACGCGAGUCUCUCGGACGGUGAACCCCGGUGGCGCGCGUCAGUCCGGCUGGAACGCGCGAGACGAGUGGUAGCGUCGAAGACGUCGCCCGGGUGCGUUCACCGGUUUCGUCAUCGCGAGCGAGUGGUACGAGUCAACAGGAAGAAGGAAAGAGCGUGCCGUGUGCGAAACGAGCAGAUGUGCCGGGUAAUUUCACCUAGUUGCGUUCACGCGACCUAACUGCCGGCGUGAGUGGUGGAUUGUCAGUGUGUCUGUGAGUCGCGAGACCGCGAGUGGUUUGGUCACCGAGGGACCGCUGGAGCUUCCGUACACACCGUCGAGAUGAAGACUUGCCACCUGUGGCUAGAAGCGGCCGUCGCUCUCCUGACGAUAGCAGGUGCGAACUGCCUGCGGGGGGUCAGCCUAGAGGUGGUUCCGGAGGUGGUGCAACGUGGCGAGGAGGUGAUUCUGCGGUGCCAUUAUGAUUUGGAGAAUGCGCCACUCUACUCCCUCAAGUGGUAUCGGGGCAGGCACGAAUUCUACCGAUUCUCACCCACCGAGGAAUCAUCUACCAAGAUCUUCAACAUUUCCGGAAUUAAUGUCGACCCCGACAACUCGAACAAGAGCCAGGUAACGCUUCGCAAUGUCGACUUCGGCCUCUCGGGUACAUUCAUCUGCGAAGUUACGGCAGACGCGCCAACCUUCUCCACGGCCACCGCCUCGAAGAAUCUCACCGUAGUAUUUCUGCCCCGUGAAGAGCCCAUUAUCGUAUCGGAACGCGAUCGCUACGACCCAGGAGACAUGUUGAGGGCAAAUUGCAGCCUGCCACCUUCGAAGCCACCGGUUCACCUCUCAUUCACGCUGAACAGCACACCGUUGGAGACGACCACGAGGCAACAGCGGACGAAGGAAGAUGAGGGAACGCAGUGGAGCGAGAUCAGUCUCACCCUUCAGCCGUUCCAUUACACGAACGGUCGUUUGAAUCUACGUUGCACCGCGGAGAUACCUGGCAUCUACACAAAGCAAAGCGAACUCCAUCUCCUUUCGGGUAUGAGCGAACCCGUGCCUGAAAGAGUAACCUCAGAAAACGGAAGCGGCACGCACACGAUGACGUUUGUGACAAUACUCUGCCUGGGCACGCUCCAUCUGCUUCUGAGAUAGUCACGGCACGCCUGAGACCACGAAAAGGGAGCUCACGGGCGUCGCAUGAUAAAUAGCACACUAGUCAGCGGGAGAAAGGGCUGGAUGAAAAGACGAUGGAGGCAGGGUUUAAGGACCGCGUAUGGACGGCGCAGAAACAAAUAAUAUUGUUAAAUCAUAUAUGACCAUUAAGUUUUCUUUUUUUUUUCUUUCUAGUGGUUUAAAUAUUCUUCUUUUUCUCUGAACGGGUCGGGAUCGUAAAUUCUGCAUGUUCCCCGUGUGCAAUCGUUAAUAACAGCGCGAUGUUAAUUUUUAGCUGGUGAACUAUUUGAGCAUUGCCAUGAUAAUUAGAAUCAAAAGGACACGACGCGUUUAAUGUGAUACAUUUGUCGACCGUGAGAUCGUCGAUUGUGUUAUCGUUACAUAUUUUACCACCGCGUCUUUUGUAUAGUUCGUUAUUUUGUAAGACGCGCCGGUACGCAUGGAUUGUUUCUCGCUUUUCGGUGGUAUACGAACUGGAUAAGAGAUGGCGACGAUACCAGCUAACGAUCCCUGGACUGGAUCGUGACCGAUGGAGAGAUAGGUAAUUGGAUAAAGGAUCACCGUAGCCAAAUCCGCUGUUAGGAGAUUCACUGCCACGCGCUUCACAGCACGGAGAAUCAGAGAAGCAUAGCCAAUUAGUCGCGUCCGAUUACUGCUACGAAGCUCAAUUUGACAUUUGACGAAUAAUGAACAAAAGGGAUUUGUCCAAGAGUAGAGUGACAGCGAGAAAAGAAGGGAAAGGAUAGGACUUUGAAGUCGAUUGCACGUAUACAUCUACAAGUGCUUGUACAGCCCGCUUCUGAAAGAUUUGCGAUCCUUGUUGUGAGAGAAAGAAUGAGAGAGAGAGAGAGAGAAAAGAGUGAGAGAAUGAGAGACAUCUCUUCCGCUACCACUGACGAGAAGAGAGCCAAACCGUAGAGAUCGCACAAAGGAAGAGACACGGAUAAAGCGAUGCGAAAAGUUUUCGCAUACCGAAAGGAAAAAAGAGCGCGGACUCUCCGGUUCCGCGAAAUCGUACCCUCCCUGUACUCCAGCAACAACGCACUCGAUGCUCACUCGAAUAUCUUUCCGUUACACUCGCCAAGGAUGGUGAUUCGAGUCCAUUGUUCAAAAGCUCCCGGGCUCGGUCGCGUAGGCGGAUCAAUGUCAUGAAUUUCGAAGCGAAGGGCUCUGGACGCGCACGCGGGAUCAGAGACUACUGGCUCUCCUUUUUUUCCCCCCUUUUUUUUUGCUAAGUUCUCGUUUUUCACGUUUCACGUGUAAAACUACAAGAACAGCGUAGUUGCUGCUGUUGCUAUUUCUGCUGCCGCGGAAGAACUCGGCCGUACACGAGUAGUUAUGUACUUACAUUGAUUGUUAGCCUCCGACCGCGUACGAUUUGUUCUCUAACGAGUUUGUUACUCGCUCUUUAAUGAUGCCGUGCCAAAGAAAAAUAUACUUCGAUCGGUCUGUUCUAUCUUCCGUAUUUUUUUCCGUUCUAUCUUCUGUAUUUUUUUUAUACGAUAAGCAUUCUCGUCAUUGUUUUAACAAUAUCCCUCCUUGGACUUUGAAAACGUAAUACUUUAACUGGAUGGUGCGUUUUACCGAUCUCUGAUGGUAUCGCGCCACUGAAUUCUUGUGUUAAAGCUAUAAUAUCUGCAGAUAUACGAUGUCAUCGGGCAUAUAAUCUGGAGAAAGGUUUCGUUUCGAGAUCGAUUUAUCGAAGGAGAUAGAGGAGAAGCCGACGCAUUGGAAAGGAUGGCACGAACGUUACGUUUUUCAUUCUCCCACCUCCUAUCUCCUCUUUAUUAAACGGACGAUAAACUCCGUGGACGAUUCCGCGCGUCUAUAAGCUGGCUAUAUACGUGCAGCUUGUUCCUUCAUCCUGAACACAGAAAUCGUCCGUAUUAACCCCUAUUCCACCCUCGAAGAGAACGUCUCUUCUUCCUUUCUUUCCGCUUUCGUUCUCUUCCCGCGGCGCACACCACAGCAUUUGGCACGCUCGCGACCGCUUACAAAUCUUCGCGAAGUAAUGCGUAUCGGCGUGAAACUGCACGGAAGGCAUCGCGUGGAACCACGACCCUUAUUUCUCAUGCAAGCGGAUUCGCCGAUUCCUGCCUGGUACCCUAAAUCGUGCCAAAUUGUAGGGAUCGAUGUCGAAUGUGCUAAUAAUUUCGCAUGGAAAUCGAUAUUAUCGAUAUUCUAGGACGGAGUGCGUUUUUGAAAGUUGUAGAAUUAAUAAUUUAUGGCGAUAAUCGUGAACGUUAAGUUUUAAUUUGAAUGCAGAA